AUGGGUAACAUACUUCUAUCCUCGCUUCCGCUUCUAUUACUUAGCGCAGCAGUUGCAUUUCCUGCUGUGUACAAGUUUGUCUUCCAAAAAGCCAAUGCUUAUUUUUCGUAUAUUAUUCACCACUACCUAAUAUGGAGAUACCCAAUAUGUGCAGUAGUAGAUGGGCAACCGAUGCCUGCGUGUCCUUAUAAAUGGCCAAAUGGCCAAGGUGAUGUUGGAAAGUUCCUCGAAGGAGAGAAGAACAGCAAGAUAUGGGGAUCAAAGAAUGGUCGCAUAUAUAGGAUUUGGAACGGUAUGUCCACGGAAGUAGUUGUCAAGGAUCCUGAAGAUAUCCAGAUAAUAUUCAAGGAUUCUGACAAGCAUACUAAAGCUGUCAAUAACGACGCAGGUUGGCUGAUGGGCGAACUUCUUGGCAAAUGCCUUGGUUUGAUUAGCGGAGCUGCGUAUCAGAGGGUGAAGACGGCAAUCUCUCCGCCAUUUACGCACAAGAGUUCUUUGAAAUAUAUAAAAGACAUUUCCGAAGUUACAGCCAAGCAUAUAAAUAAACUGUCGACCGAAGGAAAGUUACGGAAUGGCUUCAUCAACCCUGUGACCUGCCUGGCGCCUAUCCCUUUCUGGGCUGUAGCAAAUAUCAUCUACGGAGCAGAACUUUCUUCCGACCUGAAAUUAGAAUUGGAAAGUCUAAUUCGUCUUCGCGAGUCGCUCUGGGGACACAUGAUACAAGGAGGAGCGACACGUUUUGGAUGGAGUCGAUAUCUUCCGACCAAAACUACACGGGACCUACGAGACUUCAAGAAACGGUGGGCCGCAUUCAAUGAUCAAGCACACAGGGUAGCCUGUCAAACAGAGUCUCAGGCCCCUAUACGCCAUCUAUAUGCAGAGGUCAGGAACGGCAACAUAGAAAAAGAGCAGCUACUCCAGACGAUCGACGAGAUGCUCUUUGCUAAUCUAGAUGUUACUAUGGGUGGGAUAUCAUGGUGCUUGCUUUUCCUAGCCGCCCAUGAAGAUGUCCAGGAAAAGAUUCGCCAAGAGAUAUCGGAGGCCAGACUCAGCGUAGAAACCACGGCGCGGGGCUGGGACGACUAUAUACAAAGCUCUUCCACCAUGCUCGCAGCGUCGAUCCUAGAAUCCAGCCGCCUCAAGCCUCUUGCCGCAUUCUCCGUCCCACAGUCUGCCCCAACGGACCGUAUCGUAGGCGGGUUUCUCAUCCCAGCCGGAACCAACAUCAUCGUGGACACUCACGCGCUCAACAUCAAUAACCCAUACUGGGAUCCCGACGGAGAAACCUACCGACCCGCGCGGUUCCUCGAGAACCGCAAGCCCUCUGAGAUGCGCUACCACUUCUGGCGGUUUGGGUUCGGCCCGCGCCAGUGUCUGGGGAAAUUCACCGUCGACCUCCUCAUCCGUGUGGUUGUGGCGCAACUUGUCGAGGGGUAUCAUCUUAGACUUGCGGAGACUACGCGUUGGGAUAAGAACCCUGAUACGUGGAUCCUACACCCGGAUACGGAAAUUCGCUGUGAUGGUAUUGGGGCGACGAAGUAGCAC